GCGGAUUACCACUGCAUGCGGGGCAAGGGUGGAACCUCGGAGACGAUUAGUAGCUUCCCGUAGCACGGCUUGGGAAAGGCUGAUUCUUGUCGGACCGAUGGAAGUGAAUGCCCGGACGACUGACCAUUGCUCCUAACGGGGUGCGCACGGGUAAUUCCUGGUACCAACGAGGGUAUGCAAGAGCGGCAAAACGGGAUGGGGUAUUUUGGGCGAAUGGAGAGGGGUAGCACCCUGUGCCGGAUCCUGGGUACCGCGCUCGCGACGGUUGAGUUGCACUUGAGUGGUAUGGACACAGCGUACGAGACAGAGGUUGGCGAACGCGAAGCCGAAGCGAAGACGAAAGAGGGUGAGGGUGUACGGAGGCAGCAAGGGAAGAAGGCGGGGGAAAUGAUACCUUAUGUUGGGCCCCAAGCCAGUAUGCCGUCGCCGAGUUAUCCCGCCGCUCAGGCCCAACCCAUGGCACUGCCUCCGUCGCCCGCACCUAGUUCAGAAGGAAGUGUGCCUGGGGGAGGUAACCAAGGCCAAGGCAAUCAAGGGAAUGGAGGAAGAGGCGGCGGAAGAGGAGGUGGCAGGAAUGGAGGUGGCCGAGGAGGUCAAUGGGACAACCAGGGCUACCAGGGCCAGGGAAAUCAGGGAAAUCAAGGGAGUCAGGGAAGCGGGAGGACCCGUUUUGAUUGGAGGACUGCUAUAUGCCAACAUUGUGACAAACAAGGCCAUACUAUACGGUUCUGCAAUACUAGGCGGGAAGAUGAAAGGGUAGGACUGAUCUAUUCCAAUAUGGAUGGCGAUAUAUACGAUCAGUUCGGAAAAUAUAUUGACAGAAAGGUUCCAGGUGGAGUAAGGGUGGAACCCCAAAGAAGGGUAGCUGCGCGGCAAGCGCCGCCUGCCACAUUCAGGUUGUGGCAAGAAAAGGAUGAUCCACCAAUUAGGGUGGAGGAAGUGGAAAGUGAUGAGGAGGUGACUAAGAGGCUACGGGCAGGAGAUAUAAAGGAAGAGCCCAUAGUCGUUGAGUCAGAGGAGGAAAGUGAGGAAGAGAAGGUGGAACCUUCAUCAAUCCUGCUAGGAAAGAUGGAAGACCUGUGGGAAAAGAUGGGGAGAUACCAGCAGAAAUGGGUAGACAUUUGCGAGGAAGUAAAGGGAUGGAGGGCUGGUAUCCCCAAGAGUCGGGGCCAGAAGUCGUACCGGGGGCAGGAGGAGAUCCCGUCCCCGUCGCCAGAGGCAAUCCUGUCACCGGGAGUAAGGGUGGAGAUGGAGCGAGAACAGACAGACUGGAGGAGAGAGGCCACCUCCACAAUAGACAGGUAUCUGGCCACGCAUGCCCAAGAACACCCUGACAUCAAGGAGCCUGUACCUAUGGAGCCGCCCCGAGAGCCACGCCAGCCAGAGGGAGAGAUGGGAGCCGAGAUUCCGGGGAGAGCGAACCUUCGCAUGAAAGGGAGAGUACCGACAAGGGAGACAGCCGAGGAGAAACGGGCCAGAGUUGGGAAACGCUUUGAGGAGAUUUGGCAGGAGAGGCAAAGAUUAGAGGCGGCAGGGGCACUCCCAGAUCAGCCACGACCGCCUAAGCCAUGUGGAAUCAAGGAGAUGUGGGACGAGUUCUUUGGCCAGCAUGGCAAGGGGUUGGCGACUCCAGAGAGGGCAGGAGUUGGGACAUCAAGGAUGGCAAACGAGUACCUGGACCGGAGGAUCCGCUUCCUGGCCAAGACGUCUUUCAAUAGAUACCUGAUGUUGGAAGCUGAUCUGGCUAGAAAGAAGAUGAAGGAAGCGAGCCAUGGAGUACGUCUGGAGGCGGUUGAGGCAGAGGUCCAAGAGCUCAGAGCUUUGGUGGCUAGUCCGGCUGCCAUCAUCCAGGAUUUGAGGCAACAGCCUCAAAGCAGGGCCGACAGGACAGAGGGAAAGAAGUCUGCCGAGGUAGUGGAUGGGGCAGGGAGUAGUCGACGUGACGAUCAGAGAGAGUCAGCGCAGGGCACACUUGGGCAGCCAUCCGUGAUUGGGACCUCUCAAGAGCCACCCCAGGGGAGAGUUAUUAUGGGGCCGGAAGAGGCAAAGGCAAAAAGAGAAGCAGAGAAGGAGGCCUUCGAGUUCAGGACGUCUACUGAGCUUGCUAUCCAGCCUGAGACGUCUUUUGGACCAAUGCUGAAAUCCCUGGCUCCACAAGUGGAAGACAGGCCGCAGACAGCAGUCAGUGAGCCUGCAUUUGGAUCAGACGAAGGGUCCAUGGGUAUACUCCUUUAUGCAGUCGACGCUAUGCAAGAAGAGGCGAGCCUGUUUUCGCCUAAGCGAAGGGUGGAGGAGCCUCAACAAGGCGAGAUGACGGUUACGAUGGAGGGUGUCUUUGAGGGUAGGCCACAGAGAUUGGAUACGCCUGAGUACCAACCCGAGGGAGUUGGAGUACGAGUGGAGCCGAGUACUCAGGAGGUAGAUGUGAGACAGCUAGAGCCUAUAGAUAUAGCCCAAAGCUAUGGGAUGAGCAGAGAGACCAGUGAGGCGUCGUCGUCACCAGGCUCUCAGAAGAAGAAGAAGAGGCUAAGAAAGUCGUACAACCCGACCUGCUUUUUCUGCAAAAAUGGGGAGCACAGGGCCUUGCAGUAUCCUAAAUUUAUGAAGGACAAGGCAGUAAGGAAGGUUACUGAGAGGGGGGGUAAGAUGUAUGAUAGACAGGGUAGGGUAGUGGAGCGAUCUGCCGAUGGGGGCAGAGCUCAGUUAUAUAGGCAAAACCAGCAGGAGAUGAAUCGUCUCCGGAUCUGGGAUAGGGGCGCAGGGCUGCCUGAGACGUUUAGCUGCCGUUUAGCUGCAAGUCGUUCCUCGAAGACUCUCACCGGGUCACUAAAGUCGCUGAAUGUGUUACUGCGCAGUGGGAUGGACACAUCGUAUGAGGCAGAGGUUGGCGAACGCGAAGCCGAAGCGAAGACGAAAGAGGGUGAGGGUGUACGGAGGCAGCAAGGGAAGAAGGCGGGGGAAGUAAGUGAACCCGGAUGCGAAGUGGCACUAGGUGCAUGUGGGUGUGGGCAAGGAAGCAGAGUGUGGCGAAGCCACGCAGGAGGCAGGGGAGAAAGGAGAUUGCUAGCCCGAUUUCGGACGAAAACAGGAAGGGAAGCAUGAUAAACUAGGAUUAUGAGAUAGGGCGAGUGCGAUGGUACUGUUAGUUUUGGCGUCAUUCUUGUAGGAAGAAGGGUAGACGAGAUAGGAGGUGCUUAAAGCUAUGGCGGAAGGAAAGAUGGAAGGGGUACACAAUCCAAACAUCACUCAAUUCUCAAUAGAAACGAGCAAAGCACAGGUCGAAGCAGAGGUUUUAGGAACUAGUGUCCUCGAAUCUGAAAGCCAGAUUUUUUAAGGGUCGGUAGAAUAGGAGUUACUAGUAAUAAUCGUUGAGCGAGAGUAACAAAAAGGAUAUGGUGAG